AUGGAGAAGGCCCUGAAGGAGAUGGAGGUCGCCAUGCGGAGCACGGACAGGGCCACUCGGGAGGUCGAGCGGGCGUCUUUGAUGCUCGAGGAGGACCUCUCGGUCACUCUUGAGCAAGUCGAGCUCGCCAGUCUUGAAUUCGAGGAUCUCGGUCACUCCCUCAACUCGAUCGUUGGGCGCCGGAGCUCCGCGCCGUCGCGCCGGCGGUCCGCCGCGGACUCCCGCGGCUCGUCCUCGCCCAGCCGCAACGGCUCGAAGGCCACCGCGACCACCGCGGCGACUGCCUCCCGGGACGGCGCAAGUCGCGCGGAAGCAUCUGCGAGCCGCUCGUCGUCGCCGAGCUCGUCGAGGCGGUCGCGGUCGACGCGGAGCAUUGUGCGGCAGCAGCGGAUGCGGCGCGACGCGAGCCGGGCGGCGGCCGUGAUGGCUGCAGCGGAUGUCGCUGCCGGGCGCGCGGACGAGAGCGUGCUGGUGCGGACGGUGGACCUGGACAGCGGCGGGGAGGAGGAGGAGAGGUCGGGGUCGGAGCUGACGGGGUCGAUGGACGGGGAGCCGGCGCGGCCGUCGCGGGAGAAGGAGGGGGGGUCUGGUCCUGGUCUGACGGCGCGCGUCGUGCGGGACCUGCAGACGACCGCGGCGCAGCUCGGGAGCCUCACGAUGGGCGUCGGGGCGAUGAGCGCCGGCGCGCUCUCCGACGCGAUGGCCCUCGCGCAGCGCCUGACAGGGUCCGCGGGGGUGUGGAGUCAGCAGAUCAUUCGCACCGCCGGGCAAGUGAACGAGGUGAUCGCGCGGGAGGAGACCGGGCGCCCGACGGCGAAGCGCUGGAUUGCGUCGUGGCGCCUGCGUCAGUCGAUGGACGAGGAUGAAGACACCCCCCUCCCUGCUGACGUCAGGCCCGCGACGACUCCCCCCGGCCUGACCCUCGCGUCCCGCGACGCGCAGCUCGUCAUCACCGACGUCGGCCCCGCCGCGCCCGCGGCCACACCCGACGUCGUCGACGUCGCGGCAGCUGCCGCCACCGCGCCCGCCGCCCAACCCGCCGAGGCCCCCGCGGCCACGGAAGAGUCCGCCCUCGUCGUCUCUGACGCCGCAUCGCCUCCCGACGGCGCCGUCAUCGACGCCGAGGUCGCCGCGGACGCUGACGGCGCCGCCGCGUCGGAACCCGAAGAGUCGGACCCGAUCAACCAGGACGACUUCGAGCGCAUGGCGCAGGCGUUCACGGGGACGAUCCAGGGCGUGCUCGACAACGCGCAGGACGCGCUGCGGGCGCGGCGGCGGCUGACGGCGGAACAGGAGGUGGUGUUGGCGUUGGAGCGCGCAAAGGACGCGGCACGCGCUGCGGCGCAGAGCAGCCAGGAGCUCGAGGACGCGAUCUGGCGGGCGAACCAGGCGGGCAUCGAGCUCGGCGACUCGGACCUGCGGGAGCCCGGGGGGGGUGUCCCCGAAGACGCGCUGCUGUCUGACGAUGAGAGCGGGAUGGGGCAGACGUGGGUGCAGAUGCUGGGCGCGGCGUGGGAGACGGAGGACGAGGAGGCGGAGGAGGGGGGGGGUCCGGGGAAGGGUCGGUCCCUGGGGAGCACGCUGCUGGCGCCUGAUGGCGGGGGGGACUUUUACUAUGACCCCGGGGCGCCGAUGGGGGUGGACGCGGCGACGCUCGAGGACGACGACGAGUACUGGACGAGCCGGGCGCAGGAGCGGCGGCGGCGGCAGUGGAAGGGGGAUGUCUACGGCGAGACUGACGACGACGCGAGCGCGGCGCGGGAGGGCCGCGGGCCACCGGCGAACCAGUACUGGCGCGAGGACUGA